AUGGACUCAUCAACCCUUCCAUACCAAUCCCAUUUCGGAUAUUCGUCUUCCGAUAUGAGUUGGUCCUACGCUUCCAAUAUUACACCGAUGAAACAGAUUGAAGCUUGUCUCCAAAGUGCCGGAAAAGACCGAAAAGCUUACUCACCUUUAGACCAAGCCGACGCAUUAUCACUGGAUGAAAAUGAUGCAAGUAGAACAGAAAAUAAUAACAGAACGACAGCUCAUAAUAAGAACCACUCCAAUUCCAAUACAACUUCUCCUGCCUUGGCUAACGCUGGUGCAAUAUUAGAAAUGAAACAUCUGUGGGAUGAAUUCCACAGUUUAGGAACAGAGAUGAUCGUUACGAAAGCUGGUAGAAGAAUGUUUCCAACCUUUCAAGUAAAGCUUUGUGGACUGGACUUGCAUUCGGAGUACAUGUUGAUGAUGGAUUUUGUGCCUGUAGAUGACAAAAGAUACCGAUACGCCUUUCACAGUUCCAGUUGGGUAAUAGCCGGAAAAGCAGAUCCUGUAUCGCCUCCUCGGAUACACGUUCACCCUGAUAGUCCUGCUACUGGAGCUCAAUGGAUGAAACAAACUGUGUCGUUCGAUAAACUGAAGUUGACAAAUAAUCAGUUGGAUGACAAUGGCCACAUUAUACUAAAUUCCAUGCAUCGAUAUCAGCCACGGUUCCAUAUUGUUUACUUACCUCCAAAAAAUUUAAGUUCUGUAGAAGAUAAUUGCAAUGAAAAUUUCAAAACAUUCGUUUUUUCUGAAACAUCAUUCACAGCUGUUACAGCGUACCAAAAUCAUAGGAUAACUCAACUUAAAAUAGCAAGUAAUCCUUUUGCGAAAGGAUUUAGAGACUGUGAUCCGGACGACAGUUCCGAAGUGGUUAGUCAACCAGCUCCAUCACCAAGGAAUAGAUCUACUUCUCGAUCAACUCCAAAUAACUUAAGCAAAGAUGACGAUACCCAGGACCAAAUUCUGCAUCCGACGGAAAACACUCGACAAACCCACCCUUCAAUGAUCUUCCAAAAUAGGUAUCAAAAUACCACCCAGUCUACAGCUCCUCCACUUCUACAAUCGAACAUCCUUUCGGCAGGACUCAGCGCAAUAGGACAACCAUAUUCUACAGAUAUUUGUAACUACGGACCAAUGUACCACUCCCAUAACCUUCUUCACAAUUAUAACCCUGUGUACAGUAACGAAAAGGCGAUGAGAGCGCCAAAUUUUGGCAGAACGGUCUAUGGAAACUAUUCCGGGUUUUAUGGUAACAAUGGUAAUUUUAGAAGUGCUGGCCUACAUCAAAAUGGGUACGAUUUUUCGCCGAGAUGA